AUGUCAUUAGGAAAAAGAUAAUUGUCAGGUUCAAAAUUGAAAUUUGAUGCUGAUUAUAAUAAAAAUGUCCUUGAAUAGUAAGAAAAGAAGAGACCAGGAUCUGGUUAACCUUUAUCAACUAUAACUUCUCCACUUCCUCCUAGAAAACCAGUUUAUUCUGGCAAGUUAAGAAGUAUUAUACCUCCAUCAGAAAAUGUUAAUCAACAACAUCGUAUAAUUAAAUCAAGCAAUAGUUAAUAGAAAUAAUAAUUAACCCCAUCAGUUACUUAAUCUCAAUUAUAAGGUGUAGUAAGAAUAUUUUAUUAUCAAUUUUCAUAGGUGAGUCCACAUAAAACUAAUAAGCCUCCAUUAUAAUUAGAUAAGAAACUUAUAAUACCUAAAUAGAAUACAUCAUCCUAAAUUUCAAUAAAAAGUUCUAUUGUACCUAAUCAAAUCUAAACAGGAGAGAAAAAAGUAAUUUAAAAAUCAAUUGAAAAACCUGGUGCUUUAACAAGUCCUGGAUAAAAUGAUAAAUAAUUUACAUGGAAGAAUUAGAUAGAACUUAUAGUGACUUAAUCAGAUUUUGAAAAUGUAAAUAUUUUAAUAUAGCAAGAAAAGAAGGCAAAUAUCACAUGAGAAAUUAAAAUAAAUACCAAUAAAGUAGAUUUAAUAAUAACCAUUUGAUUAAAAGAGAUCCACUUAACCCAUAAUUUAAUAAACAUAAUCUCAUAUUAUCAAUUAAUAACCAAGAUAAAUACUUUAAACAUAAUAAAUACAAAAGAAAUAAGCCUAUAAUCCAAAAUAAAUUAAUAAUAUUUAAACAUAAUCAUAAAUUUAAGGAAGUUAACCAAAAUGUUUUACUGAUUUUACAAUGACAUCAGGAAGAAAUGAUCUUUAAUAACUUUUUUCAUCUAUGCAAUUACAAUUAAAAGAAGCUUCAUAAUAUGCUGAAUAACAUCCAAAUUUAAAUAUGAGUGGUAAAAUAUUCUAUUUAAUCUUUUAUUAGAAAUAUAAGAACAACCAGAUGAUGCUAAUUCAUCGUUUGCAUAAAGUACUCUAUAUUAAUUUUAAAAGUGA